GGAACACAUAUCAUCUCUGCGGUAGCUGCGCCGCGUUGCACGUUGCUAGUUAGUUGCAAUGUUGUAGCUAUUAGCACGAGAGCCAUUCCUUCGCUGGUAGGGAGACCUGCCGUUAAGUUUGACAAACCUGCGGAGUCAAUUCUCAGUCAUUCACAGUCCAAGCAGCCGCCAGCUGCCCGCCCACGGUAACUACUCAACAAAAUACUCGCUAGCUUGUUGUCUUGUCUUUCUCUUAGCCUCGCUAGCCUUUCCAGCUAGCUAGCUAGCUAGCCGCUAGCGUUCUACCGCCUCCUCCCUAAGCGCGAACCGUCUCCUGCCCGGCUGGAGGACCAUGGCGAUGAGACAGACUCCGCUCACCUGCUCCGGUCACACCCGGCCCGUGGUUGACCUGGCCUUCAGUGGAAUCACUCCAUAUGGCUACUUUCUCAUCAGCGCCUGCAAAGAUGGCAAACCCAUGUUGCGCCAGGGAGACACAGGGGACUGGAUUGGAACGUUUCUGGGUCACAAAGGCGCUGUCUGGGGAGCCACUCUGAACACAGACGCCACCAAAGCAGCCACCGCCGCCGCUGACUUCACAGCAAAGGUGUGGGAUGCAGUGAGUGGAGACGAGGUCCUCACACUGGCACACAAACACAUCGUGAAGACUGUCAGCUUUACUAAGGACAGCAACUGUCUGCUGACUGGAGGAAAUGAUAAGCUGCUGCGCAUCUAUGACCUCAGUAACCCUGAAGCAGCACCACAGGAGAUCGCAGGUCACAGCUCAGCCAUAAAGAAAGCUUUGUGGUGUAAUGACGACAAGCAGAUCCUCUCUGCUGCGGAUGACAAAACCAUACGGCUUUGGGACAGAAGCUCCAUGGAGGAGGUGAAAACACUGACGUUUGACACAUCUGUGAGCAGCAUGGAGUACAUGGCUGAUGGAGAGAUUCUUGUGAUUACAUAUGGAAAGACAAUUGCUUUCUACAAUGCUCUGAGACUGGACCUGAUCAAGACUGUGGAAGCCCCAGCUCCCAUUAACUCAGCCUCCCUCCACCCAGAGAAGGACUUCUUUGUUGCCGGUGGAGACGACUUCAAACUCUACAAAUUUGACUAUAGCACUAAGGAAGAGCUGGAGUCCUACAAGGGUCACUUUGGUCCAGUGCACUGUGUGCGCUUCAGUCCAGAUGGUGAGCUGUAUGCCAGCGGCUCUGAAGACGGCACCCUCCGACUGUGGCAGACGGCAGUGGGGAAAACCUAUGGCUUGUGGAAGUGUGUCCUUCCAGAGGACUUAGGGGCAGAGAACUCUGAGCAGCUGUACACCUCAACCCCUGAGAUAAAAGCCUGAGGAGAAAGCAGUACUGUUUGGAAACAGGAUGAGAAUAAGGAAAGGAGACAAGCAGAGAGAUGAUCCAGUGUGUUCUAUCAGGCCCCAGCAAGGAGCAGAGUCCAGAGCAUCUCCAUACAUCAGGAACUGAUGUGGAUAUUAUGACUGCCCUGUCAUAGACCAACCAUCUCUCUCUCACACUCACACACACACACACAUACUGAUUUUAUGCAGUCAUAUUGGAUAGUAUGGGUUGGAGAAUAAAGCAGUAGAGCUGUGAAUGUCUCUUGCUCAUCGCUGCCUGCUUUCUCUCUGAUCAGCCCAGUUCUGUCCGUUUAAACUUAUUUUAACUUCCCUUUACCCUCGAACUGUAAACCCCCUCACCCCAAAUCACAUGAUGCUAAAAUCGGUUUUGGUUUCAAAAAUUAAAGUUGGACCAAGGCUUUUUGUUUUCAGUUCAUAGUUACAAGAAUACUGGAGGUAGUUGCACAGUUUGUGCCAAAGUUAAGGCGCUUUUAUUUCUUCAGAAACCUUGCUUUGAGUAUUCGCUGCUGUUGUACUGGUUGAGUAUGUAAAGUUAUGUGUCCAAAUAAAAGAAAAUAUUGUUUAGUGACAAAGUGGAAAGGGACGAAAUGUCGUUGGGUUUUUUUCCAUUUUGGGUUCUGUCUUCAUUUGUGUCCCCGUGAUGAAAUAAACAAAUGCAUUACUGUUUUAUUUGGAAGUAAUGCAUAAAGAGCAAA